ACACACACUUUACCUUGUUGAGUUAUUAAAGUAAUAAACAAUCAAUUAAUAAUCUCCUGACGGGUUAGGAUUAAGCGCUGUAAUAACCUACUAUUGUGAUAAUAUAAUUAAUACGAUAUUUUACUAUCGGAACAGGAUGAAAAGCACUUUUUUUUAAAAUGCAUAUUACAAUAAUCCAGUGACGUUCAUUACGUCAUCACGCUACUUCCAUGUGGAGAUUCCGCUUUCGCUUUGCGGGAGCCGCUGUUAACGCGGACGAACACUUAUUAAUAAGAAUUCGUAUUCGUUUUCUGAGGGAAAGUGAUAAUGAAGCUUAUUUUUAAUGCACUCGCAGUGACUUUGUUUUUACCCUACCAUGUUGCAUUUGAUGAAGUAUCAGUGUCUUUGAAGAUGGGAGAUUCAGUCACUCUACACACUGGUGUUAAAACAAACCAACAAGAAGAUAUUAAAUGGUAUUUUGGCAGCACUCGCAUCGCUCAAAUCACUGGAGAUCACAGUUUCAUCUGUACAGAUGUUCAGUGUAAUGAAGGGACUGAGAGAUUCAGAGACAGACUGAAGCUGGAUCAUCAGACUGGAUCUCUGACCAUCACAGACACGAGAACCACAGACUUUGGACUUUAUAAACUGAAAAUCAUAAGCAGCAAUGACAGUGAAAAGAUCUUCAGUGUUUCUGUCACUGGUGAGUCAUUUUAAUGAGGGUUUAAAUGAAGCUUAAAAUACAAAAUCCUCCAUUGGCUGUUGGUUUGUGUUUCAGAUGUUCCUGCUGAACUACAUGAAAUGAAGGAGGGAGAAUCUUUCACUUUAGACUCUGGUCUAAUAAAACACCCAAAUGAUGUGAUGACGUGGUAUUUUAAUGAGACCGAAAUCACUGGAGAUCAGAGUAAGAUCUGUACAGAUGUUCAGUGUAAAAAGAGAUUCGGAGAGAGACUGAAGCUGGAUCAUCAGACUGGAUCUCUGACCAUCAUGAGCACCAGAACCACAGACUCUGGAGAAUAUCUACUACAGAUCAAUAGCAGUGAUAGCAGCUUCAGCAUCACCACAGUGAUGAGAUUCAGUGUUUCUGUCACUGCUCUUCCAGAUUCAGAUCUGUCUUCAGCUGCUGUCGCAGGAAUAUUUGUUGCUGUUAUUCUUCUGGUGGCUGUGGCUGUAGCUGCUGGUGUGGUUAACUAUCGCUGCAGGAGACGUACAGCAGUACCACAGAAUGAUAUUGAGUCAAGCCACACUGCCAGAAUCAUCAAGUUGUGGUAUGAGGAACAUGAUGGUGAAUUUCUGUCAGUGCCUUGGCCUCCACAUUCACCUGACAUGAACCCAAUAGAACAUUUGCUAUUUUACUUGGAAAAGGGGGUUUGCCCUACAUCACCACCAUUCUGCAAUGUACAGGAACUGGAGGACUGGUUGUUGAACAUAUGGUACCAGAAAUACCAGGAGAGCAAUCUCAUCGUCAUUGAAUAA